AUGGUACAAGAAAAGCCUUAUCGGGACAUACUCUGCAACUGGGAGAAUCGAUUGUCAAUGAUGACUGUUUUGUCAGCGAACAGGGAUAAUUCAGCUCCUCAAGGGUCCAAGGUCGAGUUGACCCGGAAAAGGAUUUUAGUACUCAAUUAUCUGGGAGGGGGAGAGAUUUGGGCUCAGCCAGCGACAAGUACCAGAGCUUCCUAUGCUUUUAUGCUAGACACUGGAAACUUUGUCCUAGCGAACGAAGCAGGCUCCAACUUGUGGGAGUCCUUCGGUGAACCUACUGAUACCAUCGUGCCUUCUCAGGUAUUAAAUCAAGGGACUGAAGUCAUCUCCCGGUAUUCCGCCAUGAACUACUCGCGCGGGAGAUUCCGGCUCCUCUUGCAGCUUGAUGGGAAUCUCUCAAGGAAUGGUUCUUUGGCCUACAACAUAACGUCUGGCACGUUCUCGAGCAUGGAUUUAUACCAGAGAGCGGUCCUCGAGUAUGAUGGAGUGUUCAGGUACAGCGGAAACAGAUUUGUUCACAUUGCAGGACAUGCCAAACGCCAACUGGGGCUAUCCAAUUACAAGCGUUAUGAAAAACAGGAUGAGAACUUCUGCAGGCAGGUUUGUUUGAGUGAUUGCUUAUGCAAUGUUGCGAUAUUUAAAGAGGGCAACUGCUGGAAGAAGAGGAUGCCUUUCUCCAAUGGAGUGGUAGAUCCCACUGUUAGAGGAAAAGCCCUCAUCAAGGUGAAGAUCAAUAACUCUACUCCAAAAAUUGGUUGCCCAAAGAAGAAAGGUAACGGGCCAUUGGUUAUCAUCGGAUCAGCCAUUCUUAGCAGCUCUGCAGUAUUUAACCUGAUCCUACUUCUCUUAACUUCUCUGAUUUGGUUUCGAUACUUUCACGGGAAAAAUGCUAGAACUUUUCAACUGUACCCGGUAAAGCGGUUCUCUAGAAUGCAGAGCUUUACGCACAAGGAUCUCACAGAAGCCACUGGUGGGUUCAAUGAGGAGAUGGGCUGGGGAGCUUAUGGGUCGGUAUAUAAGGGAGUUCUCGCAUCUAAUGAUAGAAGGGUCAUCACGGUAAAAGUGUUGGAAAAGAUAACUCCAAAUGGUGAUAGAGAGUUCAAGACCGAAGUGGACACAAUUGGAUGGACCAAUCAAAGGAACCUAGUUGAACUUAUUGGGUUCUGCAACGAUGGGAAAAACCACCUUUUGGUGUAUGAGUUCAUGCCUAAUGGUUCACUAGCUGACUUUAGGUUUGGAGGUUCGAGGCUGAGCUGGUUCAAGAGAAUCGAGAUUGCCUGCGGGGUCGCAAGGGGCCUCUUUUACCUCCAUGGGGAGUGCAGCAAGCAGAUCAUCCAUUGUGACAUAAAGCCACAGAAUAUCCUCCUUGAUGAGUCUCUCACGGCAAAGAUUUCCGAUUUUGGGUUAGCGAAGCUUUUCAAGAAUGACCAAACACAAACUGUGACUGCGGUCAGGGGAACAAAAGGAUACCUAGCUCCAGAAUGGUUCAGAAACAUGCCGAUUUCUGUGAAAGUGGAUGUUUACAGCUUUGGGAUUGUGCUGUUGGAGCUGAUUUGCUGCAGGAAAAAUUGCGAGUUUGAAUUGAAUGACGAGGCUCAGAUGAUACUCUCUGACUGGGUUUACAAUUGCUACCAUGAAGAUAAGCUCGACUUAAUUGUAGAGGGAGAUGAGGAGACGCUUGGAGACAUGAGUAGAGUGCGAAGAUUCGUGAUGAUAGCAAUGUGGUGUAUCCAGGAAGAACCAUCUAUGAGGCCGUCUAUGAAGAAAGUCACUCAAAUGCUCGAAGGGGUGGUUGAGGUCUCCAUUCCGCCGGGACCAUUCUCAUUUAUCAGUUCAAUCCUAACAUCAUAUCUUGAUAUCUGUAAUAUGAUGCAUGCGAUUGAAGUAAAGGCUGUGUCCUGGAGAAUGUCAUGUUUGUUUUCAUGUCAUUCAAAUGGCGAGUAAUCAAGUUGUCUUGG